GUAAUCUUUGACCAAAUGGUGCAAAUGGCGAUUCUCAGAGGAGCUACAGUGUGUUUUCCUUUUAGAUUAAUAAUCUUGUUGUUGUCUAUUAUUUCUUUUACAUGUCUGCCCUUUAAUUCUCCAGCCAAGAGAAACGACCGACCCAUUAUUGGUGUUCUGGCUCAAGAGGUUAAAUACCCAAAAGGAAAUGAAACCUCGUAUAUCGCUGCCUCUUAUGUGAAGACUCUGGAGUCAGCAGGAGCCAGGGUCGUACCUGUCAUGAUUAACCAGCCACCGGAGUACUAUACGAAACUGUUCAACUCCAUUAACGGGAUCUUUUACCCGGGUGGAUCUGCCAGCAUCACCUCAUCUGGUUAUCAAAGAGCUGCGAAGCGCUUCUAUGAACUCGCGAUUGAGGCAAACAAGAAAGGCGAUUACUUCCCUGUGUGGGGCACCUGUCUGGGAUACGAGCAGCUGGCCGUUUUGACGAGUGGAAAGAAUGUGCUGUCACGUACCAACACAAGUGAUGUGUCUCUGCCUCUGGUCUUCACUAAGGAGGCUAAAAACAGCAGGAUGUUUCAAGACUUCCCAGCUGACCUCAUGGAAGAUCUGGCUUCUGAGCCGCUGACGGCUAACGCUCACAAGUGGAGCGUGACGGUGCAGACUCAAAACACAAAUGAGGAGCUGAGAAACUUUUACAAAGUUCUCUCCACAAACACAGAUGGAGAAACGGAGUUUGUGUCAACGGUGGAAGCAUACGAUUACCCAAUUUAUGGGACACAAUGGCAUCCAGAGAAAAACGCGUUCGAAUGGACGCGGCCGUACAUCACACACUCUCAAGCAGCCAUCAAGACCACCUUCUACAUGGCUGAAUUCUUCGUCAAUGAAGCCAGGAAGAACUUUCACCGAUUUGACUCUGAGGGCGAUGAGAGAAACGCACUGAUAUACAACUACAGUCCUGUUUACACCUCGCCCUCCAGCACCUUUGUUCAAAUCUAUUAUUUCUGAUGAUUGUUUGCGGACUGCUUUUACUUUUCAAUGGCUGCAUUCGUUAGGUGACUCCUGAAUGUUUAAUAUUAUGGUUCGAUUUUCAAUUUGCUGCCAUUUAUUGAAUCUGCAGCUGAACAAGUAGUAAGUCAAAAAAAAAUUUUUUUACAUUAAUUAAAUGUUUUAAAAGAAUUCAGAUAUUUUAAGGAAUUCUGUCCUGAUUUAAUGUUCACAGUCUCUGUUCAGAACGAGACUCUCUUUUAGUGAAACUUGAACACCAAACAGAAAGGAGGUAAGAAGAACAUUUCAUUUCUCUGUAGGAUCCUUUCGCUAAUGUUUCAUCAUACUCAUGAUAACAAUCUGAGCCUGUUAGUGGCAAAACAAGCACUUUAAAUGGCUCCUGGCUUGUUUCACCGCUGCUGACUGUAGCACUCUCUUUUAUUAUUGGACCAGUUUCAAAAAUUGUUGUUCCCGCAAGUCAUUUAGACACAGAAACAUGGGAAAUCUGGAAAUUAGGGUCCAGUUUGAAAAAUACCAAAGUUACCCUUUAAAACUGCUGCUGCAUUUAGUUGCACUGAUCAGUACUUUUACAAUCUGCAAAGUCUGUUCAAGUUCAAAGUUGCUCAGAACCAAAUGGCAAAAACACAGCUCACAACCAGCUUUUCAGUUAACACUGUGGAGCUUUUAGGAACUUAAAUAGCAAUAAUAUUAAAGUGCAUUCACAAAAAAAAUCCUGAUUUUCUUAAUUAACAAAAUUGUGUUAAAAAAAACUUGUUUACCAGUUUCAUUAAAUUUCCUAACCUUUUUUUUCUCAAUCAACAGGAUUAUUCCAGAAUUAUGAGAAACAUUUUUAAAUCCUCUUGUUUGUCUGAAAUAACGAAGGCAAUAUCAUGCAUAAUGCUUCUGUAGAAAGGAGUAAAUGUUGGAUUUAUAUUUGACAGCUCACCAGAAAGAUGCCUCUAAGUGAAUGUUGCAUUAUUUCUGCUAGAUGUGUAAAUAGUAAAUUGUUGGAUAACAUGUAACACCUUGAAACACUGAUGUCAACAUUCUGUUUUUGCUAAGAAAAAAAAAAUCAAACCAGCUUAAAAAAUCACAAUAAAACAUGAACCAAAAAACA